GGUCAGGGCGCUCCGAUUCCGGGCGCCGCUUCCUCCCAGCAGGCCCCGCCGCCCCGGGCGGACCCCGCGCCCCUCGCCCGGCCCGAGGUGGGCGGCGGACGCGCCGCUCCGUCUCACGCUCCCCUCCCUGUACCCCGCCUCCCCCCAGCCCCGAAGCCCCGAGCCCCGCCGCACCGCCUUUCCGCCGCACCGGGCUCGGCCCCUCCGGGCGGCGGCGGCGCCUGCUCCGCGGCUCCGGCUUCCUCCGCCCCUUCCGCCCCCCCGCGCCCCCCCCCCCCCGCCGUCCCAGCCGAGCCCGGAGGCCCCCGGCAGCGCCGCAUGGAGCAGCCGGCGGCGGGCUGAGCCCCGGCCCGCACGGAGGUCUCAUGGUACCAAGUGGCGUGUCCCCUCUGUGAGAUUUGUGCCCCAGUCUCCGGAGAAGAUGUCGGGGAUGCAGGCCGUUUGGCCCUCCGGUACAGAAUGUAUCGCCAAGUACAACUUCCACGGUACCGCUGAGCAGGACCUGCCCUUCAGCAAAGGAGACGUGCUUACCAUUGUGGCUGUCACUAAGGAUCCCAACUGGUACAAGGCAAAGAACAAGGUGGGACGGGAGGGCAUCAUCCCCGCUAACUACGUGCAGAAGCGGGAAGGGGUGAAAGCUGGGAUCAAGCUCAGCCUCAUGCCGUGGUUUCACGGGAAGAUCACGCGGGAGCAGGCAGAGCGGCUGCUGUAUCCCCCCGAGACGGGGCUGUUCCUGGUGCGGGAGAGCACCAAUUACCCUGGGGACUACACCCUCUGUGUCAGCUGCGAGGGCAAAGUGGAGCACUACCGCAUCAUUUACUCCUCCAGCAAGCUGAGCAUCGAUGAGGAGGUCUACUUUGAAAACCUCAUGCAGCUGGUGGAGCAUUACACCACGGACGCGGACGGGCUCUGCACCCGCCUCAUCAAACCGAAGGUGAUGGAGGGAACGGUGGCAGCGCAGGAUGAGUUCUCCCGCAGCGGCUGGGCCCUCAACAUGAAGGACCUCAAGUUGCUGCAGAUCAUUGGCAAAGGGGAGUUUGGAGACGUGAUGCUGGGGGAUUACCGGGGGAACAAAGUCGCCGUGAAGUGCAUUAAAAAUGAUGCCACAGCACAAGCCUUUCUGGCAGAGGCGUCCGUGAUGACGCAGCUCCGACACAGCAACCUGGUGCAGCUCCUGGGGGUGAUUGUGGAGGAGAAGAGUGGCCUUUACAUCGUCACUGAGUACAUGGCCAAGGGCAGCCUAGUAGACUACCUGCGGUCACGUGGGCGGUCAGUCCUUGGUGCAGACUGCCUGCUGAAGUUCUCCUUAGAUGUCUGUGAAGCCAUGGAGUACCUGGAAGCCAACAACUUUGUCCACCGGGACCUGGCGGCGAGGAAUGUCCUGGUCUCGGAGGACAACAUCGCGAAGGUCAGCGACUUCGGGCUGACCAAGGAAGCCUCCUGCACACAGGACACGGGGAAGCUGCCUGUGAAGUGGACAGCACCAGAAGCACUUAGAGAAAAGAAAUUCUCCACCAAGUCAGAUGUGUGGAGCUUCGGGAUCCUCCUCUGGGAAAUCUACUCCUUCGGGCGAGUGCCUUAUCCGAGAAUCCCCCUGAAGGACGUGGUACCCCGUGUGGAGAAGGGCUAUAAGAUGGAUGCUCCUGACGGUUGCCCCGCCGUUGUCUACGAGGUGAUGAAGAAGUGCUGGACCCUGGACCCCGGGCACCGGCCGUCCUUCCACCAGCUCCGCGAACAGCUAGUGCAUAUCAAAGAGAAGGAGCUCUACCUGUGAGGCGGGGCUCAGCCCCCCCAGAGCCAGAGGGGACCCACGCUGGGGGGGCCCGGGCUGUGGGCAGCCCCCUGCUCGGCCCCAGCACCAGGAGUGACUGGGAGGGAGCCCCAGGGGUGUUACCUUCCCACCCCCGCCCAGUUCUCCCAGUUACUUCCAAACUUCCAAAUCUUUUUUUGUUUCGGUUUGGUUUUUUUUCAGGUUUUGGUUGGGGUAUUUUUUUUUGGUCUCCCAGGCCCUUUUUUUUGUUUGUUUUGAAUUUUGAGUGGGGGUUGUUUUUUGGGGUUGGGGUUUUUUUUCCCAUUUUCUCAGUGUAGGGGGUGGGAGGAGGGUUGUUGGGAUUGAUUAUGGUGGUUUUGGUUGGGGUUGGGUUUUUUUUGGUUGUUUUUUAUUAUUUGAAGCAGGGCUCAGCUGAGCACUGGGUGUUUUACUAAAGUACGAAUCUUAUUUUUUAAUGUAAUUAAAAGAAGAAAAAAAAAAAGGAAAAAAAAAAAGAGAGAAAGAAGAAAGUUAAUAAAAAAGGAAUAAUAAUAAAAUAAAUAAGCCAAUGCAAUGGACACACGAGAAGGAAACCCCAACGACAGAAGUGAUGGUUCAAGGGGAGACGCUGGACUCGCCGCCCGGUCAGGAGAGCGCAGCCGCAUCCCCGCAAGACGCGGUUUUUUUUGGGUUGUUUUGCUUUAAACUCGUUGCAAUGUUUGCAUGCUGUCUCCAGAGGCCUUUUUUUCCAGUCCUGUCCAGUGCUUUAUUCUCAUGUAAUGCUACCGACUGUGAGAUUAAAACUGUAAUAAAAAGAAACCAUUCCAUACGGACGCGGCACA